AUGGGAAACGAGCAGCUUGUUAUUCUAAACAAAAAGAAGGGUACUAUCAAGGGUCAAAUAGCUAAUUUUAAAAACUUCUUGGCCAAAUAUCGUGAAGAAGAACCGGAUGCAAUAAAAUUAGGUUUACAUUUGCAAAGAUUAAAAAAUACUUUUGAAAAGUUUGACGAUAUACAGGAUCAAAUCGAGUUGUUAGACACAGAGACCUCCCAUAUCGAUCUUGUCCUCGACCAUUAUGCCAUUCAGGAUGAUUAUCUUAAAUUGUGGCGGACGACAAAGCGCAGGGUAAAGUUGCCACUGGCUACAUUGCCAACCUUUAGCGGUCGUUAUGAAGAGUGGCUUAAUUUCAGGGAUUCCUUUAUAUCCUUGAUACAUGAUCAAACGGAUUUAACUAAUCUAGAAAAACUCCAAGAAAAGCAAACCUCCGAAGGUUUAAUAAAGUUAGCUGAAGAUGCACAACAACACAUGUUAUCACUAGCUUCAUUAGGCGUAAAGAUCUCAGAAGAAAUUUUAGUUCAAAACAUUGAAGAAAAAUUGCAUAAAACGACAUUAGAAAAAUGGGACGAAACCCUAAAGCGAAACGAAUUCCCUAAACUCGACGAUAUGUUGGAAUUCUUAUACAGAACAGCCACUCGUUUAUCUCAGUGCGAAUCUCAGAAUAAAAGUCUCAGCAAAGACACAAGUAGCACACCAGGUAGUUCUGGAAACCAAAGGAACGCAAAAACAGCUUUCCUAACAUCGACUAUAAAACCAUGCCCGGCUUGUAGAUGCAAGACUCACCCUCUUUUUCGAUGUGAGAAAUUCCGCAGUUUUUCAAUUCCGACAAGAAUUCAAGUUGUGCAAGAUGCCUCACUUUGUCCAAAUUGUAUUCGAUUUAAUCACAAAUUAGAGGAAUAUAAAUUCGGAAACAGUGGUCGAUACAUCUCAUUAACGACAAAAAUUCCAAUGAAUCAAUUAAUAACAAGCGCAGUCCUUUAUUCAUUGGAUAAAGAAAGACGACCGAUACGAUGUCAAGCUCUUCUUGACACCUGCUCAUCUGCUAACUUCAUAACGGAGAAAUUAGCCACAGCACUACGAUUGCCAAAGAAGAGAUGUUCUGUUCCUGUGGGUGCAUUAAAUAACCUAACAAAAGUCGCUAAAGCUGUAGUCAAAAUAACAAUUCGUUCUUUACAUAGCAGUUAUGAAAGACCACUUAACUUCCUCACGAUUCCACAGAUAGCUGAAUUAGUACCAAAUGAUAUCAUUCCUCGGGAAGUCAUCAAAAUACCUCCGAAUAUACAACUGGCUGAUCCAACAUUUCAUUUGCCAUCAAAAGUGGACAUGCUUCUUGGAUCUGGACGAUCGUUAUCCAUGUUUUGUGGGGGUCAAAUCAUAUUAUCUGAUCGGGCUGGCGAUUUAAUUUUACAAAAAACUGAACUAGGAUGGAUCGCAGGUGGAAAUGUUAAUUCCAUGUCUCUCACAAUAUCACGCGCGAUAAAAUGCAAUUUUGCGGAGCUUAGAUCGGAUAUUUCUAAAUUUUGGGAAUUGGAAGAGGGUUUCAGUCAAAUACAUCUUUCUCCUGAAGAGAUUGCAUGUGAAGAACAUUUUCGUAUUCACAAAACUCGUAAUAAUUUAGGUCGAUGCAUAGUAGCAUUACUAUUUCGACAAAAUCAUGAGAGAUUAGGAGAAUCACGAUCCGUAGCCUUAAAACGCCUUAAUAGUCUCGAACGAAGAUUUAAACAUCAACCCGAACUGAGAAGUCAAUAUUCGGAUAUCAUUGAAGAAUAUUUAACACUCGGUCACAUUUCGCCAAUUCAAGAUCAAGGGGAAUUUGGUUUUUAUUUACCACAUCAUGCGGUAUUUAAGGAAGAUAGUUCAACAACAAGGGUCAGAGUAGUCUUCGAUGGUUCAGCAAAAUCAGAAUCCGGUUUUUCGUUAAACAAUACAUUAAUGGUAGGACCCACAUUACAAGAUGACAUACUAUCGCACAUACUUCGAUUCAGGUUCCACAUAUUUGUACUGAAAGGCGAUAUUGAAAAAAUAUAUCGACAAUUCGAGAUUCGAGACGAAGACAGAAGGUUUCAAAGAAUUCUGUGGCGGCGCGAUGGUAUAAAUCUUGACUCCCUUCAAUUAAAUACGGUGACAUUUGGAAUCAGUUCUUCCCCGUUUCUUGCCACACGAGCUAUUGAGCAAUUAAUUAAUGAUGAAGGUCAUCAACAUCCAAAGGCAGCUAUUGUUCUUGAAACAGAUCUAUAUGUGGAUGAUCUCAUCACAAGAGCAGAAACUGUUGAAGAGGAAGUUCAAACACAGGAUAGUGUAAUAAAACUGCUUAAUCUUGGUUGUUUAAAUAAGCGUCAAUGGGCCUUGAAUGAUAUAAAUUGCUUACGAGGAAUUCCAGAUACUAGCAUCAAUAAAAAAAUCCAAUUAAAUGAUGGUAAAACUUUAAAAACCCUGGGUGUUUCAUGGAACUCCAGUACUGAUAGCAUAAUCUACUCGGUGCACUCUCCCGUACUAAAAUCAAAAAUUACUAAAAGAACGGUACUCUCUGAGAUUGCCAAACUUUUCGAUCCCCCAGGCUUACUAGGCCCAAUCAUAUUAUUCGCAAGAAUAAUCAUGCAGAAACUCUGGGAGUUAAAAGUAGAUUGGCAUGAGUCAUUACCGAAUAACAUACACAAAACAUGGGUGGAAUUUCAUUCGGAAAUAACGCUGCUUAGUGACUUGCGCUUUGAAAGGAAGGUAAUCGUGAAUGAAGCCAUUGACGUUCAGCUGCAUGGAUUUUGUAAUGCAAGCGAGAAGGGUUACGGAGCUUGCAUAUAUAUUAAAUCGAAAAAUAGCCAAGGUUACUCUGAAACAAAAUUACUUUGUGCUAAAUCUAGAGUAGCCCCUUUAAAAACUAUUAACAUCACACAUUUGGAGCUCUGCGGCGCAGAACUGCUUGCAAAAUUGUACUCAACAGUGCACAAAGCAAUUAAUGUUUCCAUAAAAAAAACUGUUUUCUGGACCGAUUCGACAAUCGUCUACUUUUGGAUAAAUAAGUCUCCUCAUCAUUUAGAAACUUUCAUUGCAAAUCGCGUCUCUCAAAUACAACAAAAAACGAAAACUCAAGAUUGGAGACACGUGCGCACGAAUUACAACCCUGCCGAUGCAUUAUCAAGAGGACAAACGCCCGUAAAAUUUAUUAAAUAUGAUCUUUGGAAGUUUGGUCCAGAUUGGCUUAACCGUGAAGAAUCCACUUGGCCUACAAUCGACAUUCCAUCAUCAAACAAAUUCCCCGGGUUGAAGAAAGAAUUCUGCUUAAACACUCUUCCAAAUUUAGAAUUCUUCAACAAAUUUUAUUCAUUCUCAAGGCUAAAAAGAAUUGUUGCGUAUUGUCUUCGAUUAAAAUCAGAAAACUCUCAAAGGGGGCUUUUACGAGCAUCAGAAAUAAACAAUACGGAAAGGGCUAUAAUUCGUGAAACUCAAAUCACUCAUUUUGCCGAAGAAAUGAACGAUUUAAAAAUAGGAAGAAGAGUUCACAAAAAGAGCAAAUUAACAUCACUCGAUCCAUUUAUUGAUCGAGACGGAAUAAUUAGGGUGGGAGGCCGAUUAAAAAACUCAUUCAUGCCUCAAUCUCAACAGCAUCCCAUGGUCUUGCCACGAUCAAGCCACAUUACUGGGAUAAUAAUUCUCAACGAGCAUUUGGAAAACAAACACGCCGGGAUACAGGCAACGUUGCAUGCUAAAAAAUUCCGCAAUCGAUCGCGAGUCAAGGUUCACGUCGUAAUUUUCAUCUGUCUCAUCGUUAAGGCAGUGCAUCUCGAAGUAGUGAGUGACAUGACCACCGAAGGUUUCCUAGCUGCUCUACGUAGAUUUACAGCUCGACGUGAAAGGCCUAGUGUCAUAUAUUCCGACAAUCGUUCCAAUUUCAUAGGGUUUCUCACGUCCUUAGUGACCAAGGGGUUGAAUGGAGAUUCAUUUGCCAUCGAAGUCGAAGCGUUCCUAAAUUCAUGCCCUCUCACACCUAUUUCUUGUGAUCCAAUAGACAUGCUUGCUCUCACUCCUGGUCAUUUCAUAAUAGGUCACUCUCUCACAAAUCUACCAGAGGUGGAUCUCACUUCAGCAUCACCUUCCGCAUCGGCGCGAUGGCUACACAUACAAAAAAUGCGUCAGCACUUCUGGAGAAGGUGGCACAAGGAGUAUCUCAACGAAUUAAACAUUCGGCAUAAGUGA